AUGGAUCCGGUCGGCGGUGCGUACAGGUACCACCGGUGGCUGUGCACCCUGCGCGACGGCGCCGACGCAAACUUGUGGGCGGUGGUCUGGGAGAAUGCCCUGCCGGGGCCUGCCUUUGAGCGCAGCUGGGCGAGGCAGAACUGGACGGUGGUGGACCCGUCCUUCGACCACGCGGCCUGCGCCGAGUGGUGCCUGAACAAAGACUUCCCCCUCUACGGCCUGACCAUCUCCGUCCAGGGCCCCCAGGGCGUGGAGAAGUUGCCCUUCCUCUGCCUGGGCGACGUGGUGAGGGUGCACCGGGCCCGCGUCGGCGCCAAGCCGCCGCGGUACAUCAACAUCCGCCAGCAGACGCACUCCUCCGUGCUGGCCUUCCCCUGCCCGGACCAGGUCCUCGCGGAGGCG